AUGGCGUACUUUGGCCGCACAAAAUACUUCCCCUGGCAUACUUUCCGCUCAGGAUAUACUUCGGUGUCCACCGAUACGCAAGACUCACGCUCCUCAUAUGACAAGGAGUCUGAAAAUGGAUUGCUUCAGAGGACUAGACGCUACGAACCCGCGCCGACACCCGUCUGGCGACAGAAACGCCUCAUCGCUGGACAUGUGGUUCUCUUCAUGCUGUACUUCACUGGGAUAUUUGUAGUUCUGAAGAAUCAGACUAGAAGCGUGAACACGGCCAUUGCAUUCUCUCCUGCCGCGGAUGCUAUUCAGUACGAAGACACCAUUUUCAAAAUGGAAGGCUUCAUCCAGGAAGGUGGCGAAUACGCUGGAAGGCCAACACCCAAGCUUGAUCAAGCAUGGCACGAUCUUUUGAAUGCCGAGAACAUCAAAAUCGACACAAAGUACAUGAAGCAUUACGCCAGAGAGAACAUCGGUGUCGCAGUCCCCGAGGGCGGUGGCUUCAUCGGCACACUCAACGUGUACCACGAACUCCACUGCCUGAAACGCAUCCAUCAAUUCAUGUAUCCUGAAUACUAUUUCAAAGACUUCAGUCCCCGCCAGCACGAACUCAAUCGCAUGCACAACGAACAUUGCAUCGAUUUCCUCCGCAUGUCAGCCAUGUGCCACGGAGACAUCGGUCUCAUCACCUACGAGUGGCACGAUAAUAGCUUGAUUCCGGUUGCAAACGCGACGUCGCAUCAGUGCGUUAAUUGGGAUAAGUUGGAUCGCUGGACUAAGGAGAAUACUGUCGAUAUGAUGAAGCCUGGUUGGCUUGUUCAUCCUACCAAAGGUGUUGCGUAUCCCCAGGGAACGGGCGAUAAGCUUGGUGCUGUCGAUAGUACUCCUCAUUUACAGCACGGAGGACAUGGACACUAG